AUGCCGAUUUGUCUUUGCUCUCUCUCCUUUCAGGAUCCCUCGGUGACACAGCUCACAAACGCUAGCCAAAGUGGCUUGGAUGAAUUCAACCCCUUUUCCGAGAGCUCCCAGCUGACAAAUGCAGCACGGACGACGCCAGCCACGCAGCCCUCUGGCCGCUCGCAGCCUGCUGUUCUGCAGACGUCCGUGGAGCCCACUCCCCAGGCUGUGGCUGCAGCAGCACAGGCUGGGCUUCUUCAGCAGCAGGCAGAAUUAGAGAGGAAGGCAGCUGAGUUGGAGAAGAAGGAAAGGGAAUUGCAGAGUAACACAGCCAGCAUUAAUCCGAGGCAAAACAACUGGCCACCUCUUCCCAAGAAGUGUCCGAUCAAGCCGUGUUUUUAUCAGGAUUUUUCUGCAGACAUCCCGGCUGACUACCAGCGGAUAUGCAAGAUGCUGUAUUACUUGUGGAUGCUGCAUUCGAUUACCCUGCUCCUAAACCUGCUUGCUUGCCUGGCGUGGUUCACAGUCCAGACGGAAAGAGGAGUAGACUUUGGUCUCUCGAUCCUGUGGUUUAUUUUAUUCACCCCUUGUGCCUUUCUCUGUUGGUACCGACCAAUUUACAAGGCUUUCAGGUCUGACAGUUCCUUCAGCUUCUUCGUCUUCUUUUUCAUCUUCUUGUGCCAAAUAGUCAUCUACAUCAUCCAGGCUGUCGGCAUUCCUGGCUGGGGAGACAGCGGAUGGAUUGCGGCGCUCUCUGAGCUGCACUGGAACCUGGCUGUGGCUGUCAUCAUGAUGGUGGUGGCAGGAUUCUUCACGCUGUGCGCGGUUCUCUCGCUCUUCCUCCUGAAGCAGGUGCAUUCCCUGUAUCGGCGCACGGGAGCCAGUUUCCAAAGGGCCCAGGAAGAGUUUUCCCAAGGCAUCCUCACCAACAGGGGCUUCCAGAACGCAGCCGCCGGGGCGGCCUCCUCAGCCGCACAGAGUGCUUUCCGGGGAAACUAGCCCUCCCAGGGGCCGCCUCCCCCUCGCUUCCUCUGCCGUCGUCACCCCAACCUUCUUUUUUGGGUUUGUUUUUUUUCCUAAAGAUGCACUUUUCAGCGGUACCAUGUUAGCUCUGUGAUGCCGACUCCAGAUGAGAAGAGGUGUGGGGUUUGUUUGGUUUUUUUUUUUUAGCUUCAGCUGGCCUACGUUUAUGAAGAUUAGUUUUCCCUGUCUUGUUUUAGGGUGUGGGGAGAUAGGGGAGACAUUCUCUGAAGCAAAUAUAUUUCUCUAUCCAGGA